ACGAUCCAAAUUGUUAACAAACGUAGUCAAACUCUGAUAAGUUCAAGACAUGUCUGCAUCAAUUGCAUUUGUGUUGAUCGGUGUAGUAUUGCCUACCCUCGUACAAGGUCAAUAUUGUCCAAGGACGAUCAAAGAAGACAACAAUUACUGUGCACGAGGAUGUACGCCUUUUAGGGGUUGUUCUUCCGGCAGAAGAGAAUGUAUAUGUGACGGAGACUGUGGUUAUAGCUGUAUCAAGAGAGGUUUGACAUGCAAGCAUUUGGAACCCAGGACUCUCGCAAAUGGAAAGAUAGUCGUUAAGAGUCAAAAGUUUAACGACACUGCAGUCUUCACAUGUAAUCCAGGAUUUCUGCUUUCUGGUUCCAGUGUAAGGAGGUGUCGUGGAAUGGGAACCUGGGACGGAGAAGAAGCCAAAUGUGGGAAGAACUGUGUUGAUCCCGGAGUCUCAAAUAACACUUUACGACGUGAGCCAAUCAGAAACACGAGUGAAACGUUUAGGUUAUCAGAAGUACUACACUAUUAUUGUAAUGCUGGAUAUCUUAUCGAGGGAAAAGACAGUAUAACAUGUCAAGCAGAUGGAACAUGGGACGGGAAGACACCGCAAUGUUAUCGUGUAUCGUGUCCUCCACCAAAGCUUCCUGCUAAUUCUGAAGUCUAUUAUCCAACUUGGUUUACCCCAUCUCAAGGAGCCAAACAUAACAGUCGCAUAUUUCUUAAAUGCAAUCCAGGAUAUAUGAAGUUGGGAUCUUCCCAAGUAAUGACGUGCCUCAAUCAAACAUGGAAACUGCCCGCGUCAUUUGAAUGUUUACCAAAAAACUGUGGCGACCCUGGCGUACCAGCAAAUGGCGGCAAGAACGGAUUAAUUUAUAAUUUUAAAAGUAAAGUUACAUUUUACUGCGACGAAUGUUACAAACUCAUCGGUGUUACUUAUCGUGUCUGUAACGCAGAUCAAAAUUGGUCGGACGAACAACCUUCUUGCAAGAAAGUCCAAACCAAUUGCAAAUCAAUAUCGAACAUUCCAAAUGGCAAAACUAGUCUCACCGGGAGUACAAAUGUGGUUCGAAGCCCGAUUUUUCAUGCGACAAAGGUUAUAAUCUGAUUGGAAAUUCCCAAAUCUCUUGUACCAAGUAUGGAAAUUGGUCAGAAAAAACACCAAAUUGUAAAAUUGUUUCCUGUGAACGGUUUGCUAUAUCAGAGGUGAUACAAGCUAAUGUGUCUGGUUAUGAAUAUGGUUCGACAGCAAAGUUUAAAUGCAAAA